CCGCGCGCAAUAGUACUUGAUCUCGGCGGGAGGAAGCAGGGACGCAGGAAAGAUGACCAUCCACGCCGAGGGUCUCGUGGCUAUCGUGAUUUUCUACGUCCUGAUCCUGUUCGUGGGGAUCUGGGCCGCGUGGAAGAAUAAGAACUCUGGAGUUGGCGAAGGCGGAGACCGGAGCGAGAGCAUCAUGGUCGGGGGAAGGGACAUCGGAUUGUUCGUUGGUGGAUUCACGAUGACCGCCACUUGGGUGGGUGGGGGCUACAUCAAUGGGACAGCAGAAUAUGUCUACCUGCCAGACUAUGGCCUGGCUUGGGCACAAGCACCAUUUGGUUACGCUCUCAGCCUGGUAGUAGGUGGCCUUUUCUUCGCCAAACCCAUGCGAUCCCGUGGAUAUGUCACCAUGUUGGAUCCCUUCCAGCAGCUUUAUGGACAAAGGAUGGGAGGCCUGCUCUUCAUCCCUGCACUCAUGGGAGAAAUAUUCUGGUCUGCAGCCAUUUUAUCCGCCCUCGGUGCAACUCUGAGUGUGAUCGUGGACAUAAAUAUCAAUAUGUCUGUGGUGAUCUCAGCUAUGAUAGCUAUCUUCUACACACUUGUUGGAGGACUCUACUCUGUCGCAUACACAGAUGUGGUCCAACUUUUCUGUAUCUUUCUGGGCUUGUGGAUCAGCGUGCCUUUCGCCCUGUCCAAUCCUGCCGUGUCAGACAUCAGUGUUACAGCCAAGAAGAAAAUCUACCAGUCACCCUGGCUGGGAAAGAUUGAUCCCGAGGACAAAUGGCUCUGGGCGGACAACUUCUGUUUGCUGAUGUUGGGGGGGAUUCCCUGGCAGGUCUAUUUUCAACGGGUUCUUUCUGCCUCUUCAGCUACCUACGCCCAGGUCCUUUCCUUCCUCGCCGCCUUUGGCUGCUUGGUCAUGGCUGUGCCCUCGGUCCUCAUAGGAGCUAUAGGGGCCUCCACAGACUGGAACCAAACUACUUAUGGGUCCCUCCCUCCAAAGGAUAAGGAGGAAUCAGACAUGAUCCUUCCCAUAGUGCUUCAGCACCUCUGCCCACCCUACAUCUCCUUCUUUGGUCUGGGGGCAGUGUCAGCUGCGGUCAUGUCAUCAGCAGACUCGUCUAUCCUCUCAGCCAGCUCUAUGUUUGCUAGGAACAUCUAUCAGCUCGCCUUUCGACAGUCGGCCUCAGAUCGUGAGAUUGUUUGGGUGAUGCGCCUCACCAUCUUUGUAUUCGGCGCUCUCGCCACUGCUAUGGCAUUGUUAACAGGAUCAGUAUAUGGCUUGUGGUACCUGAGCUCUGACUUGGUCUAUGUCAUCAUCUUUCCCCAACUUCUCAGUGUGUUAUUCGUCAAGGGCACCAAUACCUAUGGCUCUGUGGCUGGCUAUAUCUUUGGUCUUUUGCUGCGCAUUGGUGGAGGGGAGCCCUACCUCAAACUCCCCCCCUUCAUCUACUACCCUGGCUGGGUGACCCAGGAGAGGGUCCACCACCUCACUGGUGAUGUAGAGUACUUUGUCCAGCAAAGGUUCCCAUUCAAGUCUGUGUCCAUGGUGGCAUCCUUCUUGGCAAAUGUGGCCUUCUCUUACCUGACAAAGUACCUAUUUGAAAGUGGUAUGCUUUCACACAAGUACGACUUCCUGGAUGCUGUGGUGUCCAAACAUAGCAAAGAGAUCAUGGACAAGGCUACGCUGGUGAGCAACCACGAUAAUAUCAUUCUUUCAGAAAUGGCGCCCGUUAGGCAGGCCCUGGGCACAUCACUGGCUGGAACCUUCCUCAACACUGAGGUCCUCAGUGAUGAUGGGGCAUCCAGUCCUGAGGCUUUUCACAAUGAAAACUAGACAACAAAGGCACAAAGGAAACUAGAACCAAGGAAUUUGAAGAAGAAGGAAUAGUCAAAGAGGUAUCAACAUUCUUCAGGAAACUUGCUACUGCCGCACUGGAAGCUAAAUCAACAAAAAUCUGCUGUGGCUUCCAAGUGACUCUACAAGUUUGUUUUAUGCUGAUGACAUGGUGCCUCCUUCUUUUUUGAGAUUCCUUGCCUAGGAAACAGGAAGCUGACUGUCAGUCAGCUGUGUUAAGCAUACCAUACUCAUUCUUGUGUUUUUAUCAUGACAGUGAAUCCAAAACCACUACAACCAUUUUAAUUUAAGUGCUGCUACAGUGAUCGGAGGAACUUUUGAUGGACACACAGUAAGCCUAUAUGAUGAAUUCUACAAGGGUUUGCAGUGAGUCAUGAAAAUAGUGCAAUAUCUAACCAACGAAUUGUGUCUAUGUCCACAUAGCAGUGUGUAUGUGUGUUGAUGUACAUGUGUGUACAUAUGUAUACACCUGCUGAGAAAGCAGCAUCAAGUGAAUGCUCCAGAAACUUUUUUCAGACUGAGUUUUAAUUUUGCAUAGAGUAAAGUUAUUAAUAGAGCAAUAAUAUUUUUAGGAUCUGUGUUGUACAGAUAGAUACAUUACCUUGAAUUUGCAGGUUACAGUCAUUGUUUUUAACUUGAAGACCAGUAGAUUAUUUUUUUUUUGUGCAGAUUUUACGUUGUGUGCUCACCUUGCUCUUAAUCCUCCUGUCAUACCUGCUAAUUCCAGACACAGUAAGUGUCAAAUUAAGAAUUUCAUACCACCAUAAUAUUCCCAAAUCCCAGAUUUACCAAGCAGAAGGUUGAUAUAGGAUGAUUCUGCAAAAUCCCAGAUUACAUCCAGUUGCAACAUUUUUAAACGUUCACUGCCAACAUUUUUCAAAAAUUCAUUAUUCCUACCCUAGCCACAUGUUGCACCUACAAUAUGGUUGAAGUAUAAUCAAGAUUAAAGCUACUAGAAUUAAUUCUUAGGCCACGCAGGGGCAUCGCAACAAGCUGUAAACACAGCAGUGACCUGAUCAUGUUAGCAAAAGGUAGCUAAUAUACACACAUACACAUGUGUCCAUCUGAAGAAUGUCAAAUAUUCACACUGUUUUGUUCUCCACCAACUCCUGAGGUACAUUUCUGACCCUUUAGCUGCUAAAUGUUCCACUAUGUUCACCAGCUAGCUGCUUUGCAGGUAAUGUACAGCAAGUUUAUCGCAGCUUUUUGCUGAAAACAGCUGCAUCCUCCAGGUGGAAAUUAAGUUGAUUUAAGCAGUGAGAAUGAACCAAAACAGAAAAUUGGUGGACUGGAAAACCGAAACAUUUAGCUGAAAGACUAUAAAAAUGAGCUGACAAUUGUCAAUCAUUUGAUCCAGUCUUUUGACAAAAAUAUUGAUUAGACCAGCUAAGGAAAAAUAAUGGUCAUUAAAAAAUAAUUUACUGAUGGUAUAAGAUGCCAUACAACCAAGCUUUAAACAUCCUCCACUACCUUGACCUCCACACUUUUGGCACUAUUCAUUUGCACUGAACAUAAAUGUUUUGCAGAAUCAUCAUAGUGUGACUGUAAUUUCACUGGAGCCUUGGCUUUUAUUACACACCGCCCUGAUGAAGUCAGAUUCAUAUUUCCAAAAUAAGCCAUGCCAUAGUUUUAUAGAUUUUUGAAUGUUUCUCCUGUGUACCUUCCAGGUAGCCAUUGGCUUCCAUUCAUUUCCAUGUGUUAUCUUUUUUUGUCAAACUUAUAACAUAUAAAAAUAGCAUUGAAUAAAAGCACAUAUGGUGUUCAUUUUGUAUGUUCAUUUUCAUAUAUAAAUGAAUGGAACCAAAUUGCUGCCUGGACAGAAUGAAAAUUCAGAAAUCAAAAACACUACAGCAACUUUUAAAAAGGAUUGCCAUUAAUGUACAGUAUACAUACGUGACAUACAUUGAUAUGAGUUUAUUUUAGGACUGAUAUCCUUUGAAAAUGUAAAGUCAUCUCAUGAAACCUAUUUUGAAGUAUAUCUGUGUGCGUGUUCCCAUGAUAGUGUGUGCGCUCAUCCUAAAUCUGUAUUGACUGGCCAGCCACAGCAGGUUAGCAGAGACAGGAAAUGAUUGUUCCUCCCAGGAUGGUGUCAGUGGCACCGGUCAUUAUCGAUCUAAUCCCCAGUGAAUUAGCCCUCAGGACAUUUGAUGAAUGCUGUAAAAAGGUUCAAGACUAUGGUUUACAGAGAUUUGUUUUACAGUGUGUUAUACACUGUGAUUAAGGGUUGACAUUUUGCUGAUUAAAGCGCCAUCAAAUUCCCCAAUAUAUGUCCUUAUACUGUCAAAGGUCCUGCUAUUUUUGACUACUGGACACUACUGUAUAGGGAAAAGCAAGUAAAAGGAGUUGUCACUUUAUACGUUGAUUUUUGGCUUUGUUAAGUGUUACUGUUGUCCAGUUGACUUCUCUGUGUGUCUCUUCUCAGCACUGUUGUGGUUUGUUGGUGUCUUGUAGAAAUCUUCACCUUAAGGUCAGCGGUGGAAAAUGAGUCGAUAAGGGGCACAGCUGCAAAAGUGACAACUUUAUAACAACAAGAUGAGGUUCAUGAUAUACUGUAUUUUAUUUAUUGUCGAUAGUGAUUACCAACUACGACCAAAACCAACAACAUGUUAGUCUGUCUCUCAGUUGUCUCUGAUUUCCCUACACCAUCUGUGAACUCUGGGCCAUGAGGCCAUUCAUUCCUGACAACUAAAAUAUUUUAGAAUGGGUCACAAAUAUAUUGUGUAAUUUUUUCCAGAGGAGGAGCAAAGGCAGCGAGGCACUGAAGAUUCCAGAAAAUGUUACUCAAGUAAAAGUAAAUGGUGUAAUUGUUAGGGACUCUAGUGAGUAUUUGUGGCAGAAGAAUGGUGUGUGGGGGGUCAAAUCAAGAUAAACUACAGUGUCAGUGUUAAUCUUAAAGAAGGAAUAUGUCAUCCUGGGAAAAGGUGUAGGUCAGUGACAUGUUUUCAGUAGUUUCUGGUCAACAGUGGAGUUCUCUGGCACAGAGGAAUAAGAUAUAUCAUGCUUUGAUUACAGAGACAAUACUUGUUGGCAGGAUUGUGUCAUUGUUGAUUUUGGUCUUUUCAAAGGAUGUGGUGACAGUAAUAAAAAUCUUAUAAAACAUCAGCCUUAUCUUUUAAGGUGGCAAGAUGGCCUUGUAGUUAGUCUUUACCACAGCAAGGAAGUGAAGGGUAUUUGAUCCUCGUAUGCAUCCACACCUGCUGAGGUACAGUAAAACAUAUUGAACCCCAACCUGAUCCUGUCCCCUCUCUAACUUAUGGGAUUGAUGAUUUGCCACCAAGGUGACGUCAACUUCAAACUGAACAGGUGACUGCUGGUCUGAUGCUAUGCAAAGUGUCAGGCAAUCUCAUUGAACUUAAAUGUGAAUGUAAACUUUCCUCCUCAUCAGAUAAGCCUCAUAAUGAGUGUGUCGUAGAUUAGGUUCACCCACAAACCUGAACACACACUGAAAAGAAUCAACAUCAGCUGUUAGACUGACACAUUUGUGGCUUUAUGUCGUAAAUUGCAAUGAUGCUGUAUUUUUGUGUGAUAAAUGUAUAUACCAAAAAAAGCAUAGGAACAAAUUAGUCUAAUUUUAAAUGCAGCAUUGAAACUGAUGUUUGUUGACAGUGAAAUUACAGCUAUUUAUUUAUUCAUGCAGUGUCUAUAAGAGUAUAGUUGUAAACAUAUGAUCAGUUGAAUAAAUUAUAUUAUUUAGCACAGAAACUAUUUGGUUUUCUUUCUCCAUAUUAUAUAAAUACCAGCAUUCUAGUGUUUUAAAUUUUACCGAUUACAUGUUUACAUGUUUUGUAUAUGUGUGUUACUCAUGUCAACUCACAUUGUUUUAUUCUCAGCUAUUCAAUAUGGUCCAAAAAAGAUACAG